AUUCGGCCCAUUCUUCAUCGAACCCGUAAUCGCCGGGCUAGAGCCAAACACCAACAAACCAUUCAUCUGCGCUAUGGAUCUCCUGGGCUGCGAGAACGUCACCAACGACUUUGUUGUCGCCGGAACAUGUGCAGAUUCAUUAUACGGAAUGUGCGAGAGUCUCUGGGAGCCCGAUCUG